CCAGAACGGAAGUAUUGCGAACAAAGGAGCUGACUCAGCACUGCGAAGUGCCAACUCAGUGCGUAAAAGAACUCCUUCAGAGUUAAAAAAGUUAGAGACAAAGAAAUGAAUGAAUAUGGGACCUUUGUAUUUAAACUAAAGACAUCCAAUAAUGCAAACCAGGCUAGCAGUCCGGGUACGUAGCAGAACUAUGCGUAUUUUGCCGGUGAUAGCGUGGUUUCUCCUUGCAUUGGCAGUGUCAGGCGUGUUCAGUCACGAGGAACGGAAGCCGACUUUAAUUUUGAUUUCAUUUGACGGAUUUCGCUGGGAUUAUUUAAGAAAAGUGCCAACCCAUACUCUCUCCUGGCUGGCAAAGUAUGGGGUGAAUUCAUCAGUUGUGAAUAACUUUGUGACAAGAACGUUUCCUAACCAUUACAGCAUCGUCACUGGACAAUAUGAGGAGAAUCAUGGAAUCAUCAACAACGUCAUGUGGGAUCCAGUGUACCAUGAAAAAUUCACUCCUUCAACUGUCGACCCAAAGUGGUUCAAUGCCUCCGAACCAAUUUGGAUCACGAAUCAGAAACAGGGGAACGGCCGAUUAAGUGCGGUUAUAAAUUGGGUUGGUGGGGCUGUACCCAUUCAUGGCCGGAGGGCCAAUUUCAGUCCGCCUUUUAAUAGCAGCAUUCCAUUUAAAGCUCGUAUGGAUUUGGUAUUGCAACAAUUGGAGAGAAAUCCCCCAGCAAAUUUUGUGGCUGUUUACUUUGACGAGCCUGAUGCGUCUGGACAUAAGUAUGGACCAAAUUCGAAACAGGUUGCGAAGGCAAUUCAAAAUCUUGACAAUGUCACUGGUUAUUUGGUUGAAGAGCUGAAGAAACGGCAUUUACUUAAUCAGGUGAACAUAAUAUUAACAAGUGAUCAUGGAAUGGCAGAUGUCAACUCUAGUAAAUUCGUAUUUCUUGAUGACUACAUCUCAAAUGAUACAUACACCCUAGUUGACAGUGCUGUGAAUAGCUUUAUUAUUCCACACGAAGGAGAGAAGCAAAACAUCUACAAAAACCUAAGCAAAGCACCUCAUAUUACUACCUUCUAUAAAGAAGACAUUCCUAAAUAUUGGCAUUAUGCAAACAACAGAAGAGUGACACAGAUAUUUGUGACAAGCGAGUUGGGAUACAGAAUUGCAAGAAACGUAAAAGAUGUAGACAAUGACCUUGGCAAUCAUGGUUAUAAUAAUUCGAUCAAAGAAAUGCAUCCUUUCUUUAUCGCUUAUGGACCAGUUUUCAAACAAGGAUAUCAAUCAGAACCUUUCAGUAUUGUGCAUAUAUAUUCAUUAAUGUGUUAUAUUUUGGGUGUAACUCCUGCACCAAAUGAUGGGAAUUUAAAAGCAGUGUCACAAAUGCUACGAUCCAAGUCAAAUCCUAGUAAAUAUGCGCUGUUCAUCUCUAUGAUGGUGGUCGCAGGCCUAUUGGUAAUAAUGAUGGUAUAUGGCGUGUGUGUUCGCAAAAGGAGUCCUCGUCAUUUUCGCAGCAUUCCGUAUGAGGAGGCAUAGCAAGCCCAAUAUUUAACAAUAAUCCAUAAGUACUGAUUGUAAAUUA